GAAGCUGUCUCGAAGAAAAAGCCCUAUUAUUUGAAAUGUUAACAAUCGUAGUUUUUAGUGGGGGAUGUGAGCGUCAGCUACUCUACCCCACCUUCGAGGUGAAGCGCUACGCGUGUAGAACCGGGGACGGACACUUCAACCACAGAGACAACCUCUCGGUGAAGAAUGAGCACAGAACUGAACUGAACGCUGUUGCUCCGCCCGUGGUAUUGGAUUUAUCAGGGUUAUUAGUGAUUCCCAAGGACAGUGUCAUAACAGUUUGGAUAUAUCUACUGGUUCGUGUUCUUUAAAAGCUUUGGGAAACAUAUCCCACUUCUCUCGGUUCUAUAAAGGUGGAUGUAAUGUGCUGUGAGGUUGAAGGCUGAAGACGAGCAAGCUCCUCCUUGAUCCAACCAACUAGAGUCAUUAACAGGUACAUGAUGGGGUCCGGGGAGGCCUCAGCACGGGGAACAUUCAUGGAGGGGGACUGUCUCAGCUGCAUCAAGUACCUCAUGUUCAUCUUCAACUUCCUCCUUUUUUUAGGAGGCUCCUUCCUGCUUGGUGUGGGUGUGUGGGUACUGGUGGACCCUAUGGGCUUCAGGGAGAUCGUAGCAGCCAACCCUCUGCUCUUCACUGGGGUCUACAUCAUCCUGGCCAUGGGGGCAAUGCUCUUCCUCCUCGGCUUCCUGGGCUGCUGCGGAGCCAUCCGGGAGAACAAGUGUCUGCUGCUCUUUUUCUUCAUGCUCAUCCUGGUCAUCUUCCUGGCAGAGUUAGCAGCAGCCAUCUUGGCCUUCAUAUUCCGGGAGCAUCUCACCAGAGAGAAGUUUACCAGAGAUCUGAAGAGACACUACCAGGGACACAACAACACCGACGUCUUCACCUCCACCUGGAACGCCCUCAUGACCACCUUUGACUGCUGUGGGGUGAACAGCCCGGAGGACUUUGAGGAAAGCCUGUUCAGGCUCCUCAGCCCAGACAAGAUGGUUCCUGGGAUGUGUUGCCAGGGCAACGGUCACCCUGGCGAUGCGGUGGAUGACCUCAGCAGGGACGAGUGUCAGAAGGGAAGCAUGGAGCUCCGCUACAACAAGGGUUGUUACUCAGCGGUGGUGGACUAUUUUGAGACGUAUAUCUACAUGGCAGGAGCUCUGGCCAUUGUUGUCUUGACGAUUGAACUGUUUGCCAUGGUGUUUGCCAUGUGUCUGUUCAGAGGAAUCGACCAGUAACCCUGACAACACACACAACCCCAGGAAGACACUCAACAAAGGGACACAGACUGACGAAGGAGAAGAGAGCCGAAAGAUACCCACCUGUAGAUUAUAAAUCAGAUGUUAGGAGAACAGAGCCGAAAGAUACCCACCUGUAGAUUAUAAAUCAGAUGUUAGGAGAACAGAGCCGAAAGAUACCCACCUGUAGAUUAUAAAUCAGAUGUUAGGAGAACAGAGCCGAAAGAUACCCACCUGUAGAUUAUAAAUCAGAUGUUAGGAGAACAGAGCCGAAAGAUACCCACCUGUAGAUUAUAAAUCAGAUGUUAGGAGAAUAGAGCCUGUAGAUUAUAAAUCAGAUGUUAGGAGAAG